AUGGCGAUCCGUGACCUCCCGAGCUUCUUCACCAAUCUUACGGAUGGAAGGUUAGUUGCGGCGUUCGGGGACAUCCGCAGGACGUUCGAGCAGCUGGACCUGGACGUCGACAGUAGCAGCAGCGCUGGAGGAAGCAGACGAGCCAUGGUGCUCGUGAACACCGUCGAAGAAUUAGAGGCCGGUGCACUCGCGUCGGUUCCUGCACUGGACGUCUUCCCCGUCGGGCCAGCCGUGGUGUCGCUCUUCACUGAGGGCGAGGGCGGCACGAGUGGCGCCGCCGCCGCAGUAGGAGAUCUCUUUGAACACGACGAAAAAGGGUACAUGGAGUGGCUGGACACGAAGCCAGCACGGUCGGUGGUGUACGUGUCGUUCGGGAGCAUGGCGGCGGUGAGCAAGCGACAGAAGGACGAGCUGAAGCGAGGCCUCGCCGCGAGCGGCCGGCUGUACCUGUGGGUGGUGCGGAACAACAACAGAGACGAUGGCUUUGACGACGCCGGCGACGAGCGGCGCAUGGUGGUUGGGUGGUGCGACCAGGUGCGGGUGCUGUCGCAUCCGGCCGUCGGGUGCUUCGUGACGCACUGCGGCUGGAACUCCAUGCUGGAGACCGUGGCAUGCGGCGCGCCGGUGGUCGCCGUGCCACAGUGGUCCGACCAGGACACGAACGCGCGCCUGGUCGUCCAGUGGGGCAUCGGCGUGCGCGCCGCGACCGACGUUGACAGGGUUCUGGAGGCGGGGGAGCUCUCAAGGUGCCUGGAACUGAUCAUGGGUGACAGGGUGGAGGGCGCCGCCAUACGGGCGAGCUCGGCGACGUGGAAGGCGAAGUUGCAGCAAGCGAUUGCGGCCGGCGGCUCGUCCGGUCGUAAUCUGAGGACUUUCCUGGACCAAUUUGCGAAUGAUGCUUAG